UUAGCUUUUUUUCUGCAGUACACAUCUUCUAAUUGCUUCAUUUCCCAGUUUUCUUCCUCUCAUUAAUAUAUAAGGGGAUUUACGGGCGACCGUCUCUAUCGCAAAUGGCAAAGGACUUAAUAGUUAGUAUCUGAGAUUCCAAAUUCGAAUUCUAAUUGAUUCACAUUUCCAGCUAAAUUUAUUUCUAAAAAAGAAAAAUAAACGAAGCGGAUAGAAAUACUCCAAAAUCGAGAUGCUCGAACGUUCCCAACAAAUCAUAAGGGAAACUAACAAGAAAAUUCCCCAUUUCGAAAUACAGUAAGAAUUGUUUGAUCUUCUAAUCCUGAACCAUUUUGAGCCCAAUCUUACAGAAAUAAUGAGCUCAACACAAGAGUCCAGUUAAUAAUGCCUGGCAGGUAGUUCGCUCAAGCACCCCGUAUGGAGGAGCCCGUUUAUUGGGUAGAGUAUUUAUUUGUUUACGUGAGGAGUGUUAAUGGGCUUCACGAAACACUGGUGAGGCCCAAAUCCGGCCCGUCUAAGAGUGGGCAUUGUUCCACCGAUUCUGGCCCAGCCGGGUGUCUUUUCCGUAUUUGGACUUUUGAGAGUACCAGUGGGGAUGUUAACGGGCCGAGAACUGGACAUACUGAGGGCCCAAUUACUCGGCCCCUUCCCUUACUAAUUGGGAUCUGAGAUCCCCUUCCACCGUGCCCGCCCUCUCUUUUUAGUUUUUAGUUUUUAGUUUUUAGUUUUUACCCUCCGCCGCGCUCGAUCGCCGCAUGACAGAGAGAGAGAGGAACCAUCCGAGAGGAAAAGGAUUCAAUUUGCGCAGUCACAGCUAAAUGUAGCUGCUGUUAAGUUUAUUGCUUGCAACCAAAGAGGGAAAAUUGCUUUUUCGGUGAUCUCUAACUGCCACCAUGACACUUUAACAGGGAACAGCAUGCACUGACUCCAAUGCUAGAACCUAGAAGAGAAAAAGCAUAGUUCGUUACAAAAAUGACUUUUUGAUUUUCAAUUUCCUCCACCGAAGCCGUUUAAGCACAAUGACAAGGAGUUGGUUGAUAAUAACAUCUGUCUGGGAGAAAGAAUUGUUAUUCUCGUCGGUAAUUUGUUUGUUUUCAAGUAUUGGGUGAAAAUUUGAAAGCAUGAAGGUAUUCUGGAAAAAAGUAAAACGGAUUAUUUCAAGAAAUUCAAUCUAUGUGGCAUUCCUAUUCAUCUGUGUCAUGUGCCUGCUGUUUUUACUUAACUCCAGCCUUCCAGAGGUAUCAACAGACACAAGUACCGACAGAUCUUCUGAAGCUUCAUCACAUUGUGUAAGACUAAAAGAAAUGGGCUUAUGCGAACUUGGAAAUAUGAUGAUUGCGAUGUUGCCUGAUGACCUUGCAUUCACCGUAUUUGUCCCCUCGCAAGUGGCCUUCGAACAUGUUCUGAAACUAAGAACCAAUGACAGCUUAACAGAGCAAAAUGUAAAUAACACAUAUGCCAUUGUCUCGCGUGUAAUGGGAUUCUCGUCGAUUCCGCGACAUUUACCUUCUGAAGCAGUACCUUUGAGGAAGGAGAUAUCAUAUGACUCAGUGUCAGGGUUCAGAUUAUAUGCUUGGAAAGAUUUCGAUGGUACUUUGGUUGUUAACGGCGUUAGAUCAGAAUGUGUUGAUAUUAGAAAGGGUGAGAUCAUUGCGCAUGUAAUGAAGGGGGUGAUAAUGGAUGCCGAGUUUGAGCAGUCAUUUUCUCCAGAUUAUGAAGACUAAUUGAGUGCUUCAAAUUUUCCGGUUUAUUAUUGUGCCAAUUGCUUUUUUCUUUGACAGCUUUCUCCCAGUGUUCACACCGCAGAAAUCGUAGAGCAUUUAAUUUUGCAUUAAGGUGUUUCUUCUAUCAGAGAUUUCGCAAUUGAUUUUUGGUUAGUAACUUUGCAGUGCAUUAGAGGAUAAAGUUGGAACAAGAAUUUUCACGUUCUCCUUAUGAUUGUUUAUCGACUUUUGUGAUAAAAAGGUCUUCAUACUUGUGUGUAUAGGAAGUGAUUACAGACACUGUUCUGAUGUAAGACUCUCUUUACUAAAAACUUUUUAGUUCCGACUAUUUAUUUUUGCUAUU